UGACCUUUUACCCAACACGUUAACGACGGUCAUCCCGACAGUCAUGCGUUUACAGUUAACGGUAACGUGUGUGUGUUACUAACAGCCCGCUGCUCGGUGAGCCGGCUGUCACCGUUUACUGAAUCCGUUAACCGGUCAGAGGAGCAGCUAGCGGGUUAGCUAACGGUCGCAGCUAGCAGCUAGCAGAAGAUGGAGGAGUUUCUGUCGAGCUGCCGCCGAGCCGUGAAGGGGAAUCUUGAUCAGGCUGGUUCAGCGUUUCACGUGGUCCUGGGGAAUGAAGCCUGUGACGUGGACUCUAUGGUGUGUGCCCUGACCUACGCCUACUUCCUGUCCAAGACUGUACACAGUGAGAUGCUCGUUCUCCCGCUGCUGAACAUCCGCCAGUCAGACCUCGUGCUGCGUUCAGAUAACGUCUUCCUGCUGCGACAGGUCGUUCUGUCUCCAGACCUCCUGCUGUUCAGAGACCAGCUGGACCUUAAAGCGCUUCACCGAGCCGGCCGCCUGCAGCUGACGCUGGUCGACCACAAUGUCCUGCCCAGUUCAGACAGCGACCUGGAGGGGGCAGUGGUGGAGGUGAUCGACCAUCACCAGCAGGAAAGAGAACCGUCCACCUCCUGUCCUGUUACCGUGGAGAUGGUGGGAUCCUGCACAACCUUGGUAACAGAACGCAUCAUCCAGAAAGCUCCAGAGAUCCUGGACCAACAGAUCGCUCAACUGCUCUACGCGGCUGUGGUGUUGGACUGUGUCAACAUGGCGCCCGCAGCGGGUAAAGUGACGCCUAAAGACAGUCAGAUCGCUGCAGCGUUGGAGGCUCGUUUUCCUGCUCUGCCGCCGAGGGGCACUCUGUUUCAGACGCUGCAGGACGCCAAGUUUGACGUGUCAGGUCUGAACACUGAACAGAUGUUGUUGAAGGACAUGAAAGCUGUUUCAGGAAGUUUGAAUGUUGCUGUCUCUGUUCUCUACAUUACACUGCAGGACUUCCUGCAGGGGGCGGAGCUGGAGGCAGAGCUUUCAGAUUUCUGUUUGAAGUUUGGAUAUGACCUCCUGCUGCUGAUGACCAUCUCCUUCACUGAGAGCAAAGAACCAAUGAGAGAGCUCGCUGUGUUUAGCCACAGCGCCGCCUGCAGGCAACAGGUGAGCCUCUACCUGGAACAGGCCCGUAACCCCGCCCUGAACCUCUGUCCAUUCAGCAGCCCCCAUUCACACGUCAAAGCCUAUAAGCAAGGAAACAUGCUGGCGUCUCGAAAGAAGGUCCUCCCCAUCAUUAAGGACUUCCUGAAGGAGCGAGACGGAGACGGUUGUCUGGUAGACGGUCGCCUGGGAGACAUGGAAGAGGAGGAUGAGUCUCGGGUCCCUCCGACCCCAAUGAACAGUCUGGUGGAGGGCUGUCCUCUGGAUGGCGGCCUGCCGCACAUAAGCGCACAGGCGCUGGAGGAGAAGUUCAGCAGCAUGACUUCUGACCUCUGACCUGUCACCUGUCCAUCAUUAGGACGUCUGCCUGUCUGUCUGUCUGUCUGUCUGUCUGUCGGAUGAUCAAGGUACCACAGAGAUGACAUCACAAACAUCAUUACGAAGUUUUUUUAUCCCCAGAUCAAACACACGGACGACGUUAACACAUCUGGGCUGAGGCCUGAUUUUACCGACUGACUCAAACACACCGUUUCAUUAAACCAUCACUAACAUCUGGAACACUCAGAGACCUGAACACAUCUGGAACAACUUCCUCUUUCCUUCAAAACAAAAUGCAAAUGCAUUCAUGACGUCAUGUAUUUACGCAGAACCUUUUUGGAUCAGAAAUAUUUGAUUUAAAUGUGUUUUCAGUGUAAAAAGUGAUGUCUGAUGUGAUGGUGCUGCAGCAAAUUAUUAUUAUAAUUAUUAUGAUUAUUAUUAUUAUUAUCAUUAUCAGUAUUAUUUAUUGUUAUUAUUGUUAUUAUUAUUAUAACUAUUAACAAUUGUCUGAAAACAGUGAAAAAUGCCAAAAACUCAGAGAUUCAGUUUACUGAAAUGUUAAAUAUAAAAAAUAACCAAAAACAUGAUUUAGAUUUAAUGUUAGCAAAACUGCUAAUUCUCACAUUUAAUUAAAUUUGUCUUUGUUUGGAAAAUAACUUCAGCGGUUAAUCUGUCAUCGACACCGUUGCAGAUCAGUUUUCCUUCACUUGACUGAAACCUGAUGAACAAGGAGCAGUGGAUAAAAUAGUCUUUGAAUAAAGUUUAGAAAGUUGGUUUUACUCUCCCCAGAAUAUUUAAUUAUGUGUGCUUUUAAGUUUAAUCAGCUUUGUCAUGUUGUUUGGAGACUCAGUAUUUGUAUAAAUGUCAAACUACAGUUAUCAGUAUUUUUACACCAAGUUUUUUGAACAAAAACACCAACCGGGGAUUAAAAACAAAUCAAAGCAUAAA